CCAUUAUACACACUCCCCGACCAACGAACCAACAGACAAGACCCAAACACACCUCCCCUCUGCCUGCCUGUCUGUCUGUCUGUCUGUCUGCCUAUCCCUCGCACCCCGUGCACACGUUGAUGGCAGCGUCGAGCAUCUCGAUGAUGGGCCCCAGCAGCCCUCGGCCGUGCGCAUGGUCAUCCACAUACGCACUCGACAAACGGUCCGCCUGACACACACACACACACGCACACACACCACACGUCUCCAAGCAAACAUAUGUGUGUGUCAUCUCACCGCCGACUUACCAGCGCCUCUUGCACGUCUUCCUUCACGCGGUGAAGGGCAUGCAGCAACACGCGCUGGCGGGCCACCUGCACACACCAUACACAUGAUCCGAUCUGCUCUCUGUGUGAGUGUGCUCAUGUAUGGCGUACAUCGUCGGUCUGUGUGUUCCAGACGAGAGGCAGCAGGGCACUGGCGACAUGCAUCUUGUCCUUUGCCUCACGAACCAUCGCCUUCGGGACCUUUGGAUCAACCUCUCUCUUUGCCGCACCUGACAGAGAGACAGACAGACAGGCAGACAGACAGACACCGAUGGAUGCCAUCCAUCUGCACGUGUGUGGUCCUCACCUCUGCGGCUGCUGGGGUGGUUGGUGAGGAACCGGAUAUCGUCAGAGUGCAGACGCACCGACGAUCGUAGCAAGGGACCAGUCGUCUCAUCGUCACACAGCCCAUCAACCAUCCGCCCGCAUGGUGGUGGCGCUUCAUCGGUCGGCUGCCCUGCUGCCACCGGUGCCUCUGCCUUUGCUGGGUCCGUUGUGUCUGCCAGCCUCAGAGCGCACCGAAACUCACGGCAGUGCCGCUUGGACGGAAAUCCAUCACCCUCAGCACCAGCCUCGCCCUUGUGAGCAGCAGGAGCAUCAGAGUCUCCUCCCGGCAUCAGAUCACGGUCCAGAUCAGCCAUCUCGCGUGUCCGUUUGCUGCUGUCGCCAUCAUGCGUCAUCCUCUCUAUGGUGUUGAUGGCGUGGUUAUUGAGCCGGUGGAUGAGCAGCACUUGGGGCGAGUCGGGCAGCGCUGGCGGGGGUGGUGAGAAGACGUCCGCCGUGGCCAGGAGGUUACAUGAGAGCGGCACGGAUCGGGCAAUGGCAAGCGCGUCGCGGCCCUGACACACACACACACACACACACAGAGAGAGAGAGAGAGAGAGACAGAGGGAGAGAGAGGACAACAGGUGUGUGGUUGUCCUGCAUUGCUCUCUCUUGAUUCUCACGUGUGAGGGUGGUUUCGGCAGUGGCAGGUUCCGCAGCAUCGGUGUCUCGAUCAUUUCCAUCUCCACUCUCUUGGCCGCAUCGGCCGUCCACCCCUCCCCACCCUCCCUCAUCUGCCCCACGAGCAUCCUGUAGUAGCCGCUGCGGAAGAACCUCUGCCAGAAGACCCUGUGCGGCAUCCUCACCGGCACGUACUCGUCGUAGCGGCACCUGAGCUCCGGCAGCUCCGCCAGCAGCACACGCAGCUCAUCGUCCAUAUCAAUGCUCGUCCCCUUGGAAGCGUACGCAGCAUCGUCAUGACCCCAGCCGUGAUGGAUCGGCGCGCACGUGAAGGGCAGCUCGUCACUGACGCGUUCGUCGCUCUCUUGCAGCAAGAGUCGCUCGGCAGAGAGGCGGUCUUGAUGGAGUGACCAGAAGUGGUCAGGGGAGAGGACGGCCGGCACCAGGGCCUGGUAGGUGUGACGCAGGCCGUCAUUGGUUGCCAGCAGAUGGUCUCGCAGGCGCAGUUCCUCCCCACUGACAGUUGCGGGCACUUCCUCUGCCUCCGUUUCGCCAGACAAUAAUGCUGCAUCAUCCUGAACAGCCUCUUCUUUCCCGUCAGCAUCACCACCAGCAGCGGCAGCGGCAGCGGCAGCCACAAGCCCUUCAUCGCUUUCUCUACUUUUCUUCGCCUCGUUCGCCUCUCUGAGCCGCUUGAGCAGGUACUGAUGCACCUCCUGACACUCGGCAUGCCGCAGCCCGCCCUCAGAUGCCAGGAACUCGACCUGUAUCGCCCUGGUCCGCAGCUGAAUGCGCAGGUGGGCGGGGGCCGUGGCGUCAGCGGGGUCGACCUUGCUCUUGUGGACGCCCUCAAUCUCCUCGUGUGCGGCCUCCAGCUCCACUCGCGGCCUCGGCGGGCCUCUCUUGCCGUCGUCUUCGUAGCAGAUGAACAGGAUGCGCUUGUCGGUGAGCUGCAGAUUGCCCCGCUUGGUCUUCCGCCGGCACCAGUACUGCCCGAUGGUCCUCUCCUCCUCAUUGUUCUCGGAGUGGCUGAGAUCUUGGUUGGAUGAGAGGGAUGACUCAUUGCCAUGCUCAUUCAUGCCUUCCGAGUCGCUUGGACACACCAUAUCGCGGUCGCAG